AAUUUGCUUUGUACCCACGUAAAUUUUUAUUCGGUGAAUUACCUAUUUAGGAAACAAGAUAAAACGUUGAUAACGCAAAAAACAAACACUGAGUACUUGAUAACAAAACUCGAAAAACGUAACAAUUCGAAUCAUUCUAAAUCACAUAUUGUUCGGACGUAGUCGUAAUUAUGAGAAUGUUCAUAAUACCAGAGAAAGAUCUUCGAAAGUUGGUGUGCUCCAACUGUGGUAAAUACCUUUCUGUCCUACCAAUAAAAACGACGAUUAAGGGAGAUGUAUGUGGGAGAUGUAGUGAUAUUCGUGGUGCAAAAUCGAGUGUGGAAAACCGAUAUAAAGAAGGUCUGUUCAGGUGCAUCAACUGGUACGAUGGAUGUAAUAAGUUAAUCUUGUUUGAAAAUUCAAAAAAGCACGAGGAGAAAUGUACCAGUGUCUCUCAUGCGUGUCCCAUUUGCCCAAGUUUCUCAUGUACCACUCUGGAGAUGAUGCACCACUAUAAACAAUACCAUAAGAGUCAUUUCGUGAAUUCGUACAAGGUUACCUGUGACGUGUCGGAGGAGAAGAGUCAGACGUAUUUGUAUUAUUCGGACGUAGUGCUUUGUUUUUGGUAUUUGCAAUUUGAAGAUAAGAAGCUUUCAGCCAGAUGUGUCAGUUUGGGAUCGUCCGAUGAAGCAUGUUUGAUUACCCAACAGCUGAUUAUUGAUAGAAUUGAUGGCCAGGAGACUAAGUAUUUCAGCAAAGUACAACACUGUAAUGGAUUGAACAAUCCCGAAGAGCAUAAAAUAUCAGUACCCUUCAAUUACAUUAAACAAUUUGCAGACGUUCCCAGACAAUUCGAUUUGCGGUUGAGAUUGAACUUUGUUAAAAUAAAUCGCAUAUAUGAAUUAGAAUUUAAUCCGCAAAAAAAGAUUAUAAAGGUACCACCUACACCAAAAAAGGGAAUAAAAGAAAAACGACACAUAGAAACUCAAACAAACAAUGUGACGAAUGAAAGUGAGAAUUCACAGGAAAAGGCAAAGGUACAAGUUAGUGACAAAUGUGUUCAAACAGAGUUAUAUUCGGAAGUAGUAUUGACAGAUCAGUUUAAAGAGAACCACCCAAAUUUUAAACUGAGCCCUUGUGGAACAGCUGUAGUGUCUUCAACUACCCAACGAAGAAUUGAAUUGGUAUGCUCAAAUUGUUUACAUUUUACAGGUACAAACGUUUUAAGGUGCAUAAACAAGUUACAUGUGGUGUGUUGGGAUUGCAAGGCAUGGUGUACCCUUUGCGACGACAAAAUUUUUGACUUCGCCACCGAAUCCUCCACAAUUAACGACGAUCUAUUGAUUCCGUGCAGAUGGGCAUGUGACAAGAAAUUUUCAGGAGGAAACCUAAGAGAUCACGAAAAAAUCUGCCCCGUACAACCACAAAUUUCUUGUCCUGUUUUAUUAUGUGAUUACCGAUCGAUUCCGAUAAAUAUGAAAAAUCACUUUACUCUUCACAGACAGUUUGACUUUUUUACAGAAUGGCCGAUGAACUUGUCUCAUAUUGGCAGAAGACACUCGUACUUUUUGUUGGGAAGUCGCAUGUUCAAGGUUUCGAAGUCGGAUGAUUCCACGACGGUGGAAAUUCAAUCAAUGAGUGAGCUCACAGAUCACAUAAUGGUGUUGAUUGUGAUGAACAUGCAAAUAUUUCUUACGGAUGGCCACCCUGUAGUUUUACCGAAGAAUGAAAAUGUCAAGUUCCUAUUGAGGAGAAAUAAGUCUAUAAAUAUUUAUAAACAGUAACAUUUGUAAUCUCUUAAUUGCAAAAAUAAAAAUUCUGUUUUCACUUC